AAGAGAUUCAGCAGGGGAAAGGAAUUGUAACAGAAAUGAAGAACAAAUUAAUGGACUCUGCGCCAUCAACCCAACAGAGUUGUUGCAUGGAAGUGCAGAGACUGGAAUGCUCACCGGUAACUGUUUCCUGUAAUGCAUCAAAUAAAGUUACCAUUUCCGCAGAAGACAAGCGCCAAAAGAAAGAUUCAAGCAGGAUCACAGAGGGAAUGACAGCGUAUGAGAUGCUUGAGAAGUUCAAUUUUCCAAAAGGAAUGCUCCCACGAGGUGUGAAGGGAUAUGUACUUCAUGAAGAUAACAGAUUUGAGGUAUUCCUGGAUGGGGACUGUAAGUUUGAGGUUGAAGGAGGAUAUUCUUUAUAUUACAAGAGAAGGAUCACAGGAAGAGUUGGGUUUGGAUCACUAAAGGAUUUGGAAGGUGUUAGUGUAAAGUAUUUCUUUAUAUGGUUUGGCAUCACAGAGGUGAACAGAGGAGAUGUAAAUUUGGAUUUUUAUGUAGGACCCAUGUCUGCAUCUUUUCCACUCUCAAAUUUUGAAUAACCAUGGUAUCAAAUAUUGAAGAGAGAACAUUCUUCUCUUUACAAAAUUCUUUAUCAACUGUAUAUGUUGAAGUUACAUUUAUAUAUCAAAAAUAUG